AUGUGGCCAAAAGAUGUUGGUAUUAAAGCAAUAGAAGUAUAUUUUCCUGCUCAGUAUAUUGAGCAAGCAGAACUAGAACAAUUUGAUGGUGUGUCUUCUGGAAAGUACACUAUUGGUUUAGGUCAAUCUAGGAUGGGCUUUUGCAAUGACCGUGAAGAUAUUAAUUCUUUGUGCUUAACAGUUGUGCAUAGAUUAAUGGAUAGAUAUAAUAUAAAACCACAAGAUGUUGGAAGAUUAGAAGUUGGAACAGAGACCAUAAUAGACAAGAGCAAAUCAGUGAAGUCUGUCCUCAUGCAGUUGUUUGAACCACAUGGUUGUACAGACAUAGAAGGAGCAGAUACAACUAAUGCUUGCUAUGGAGGCACUGCUGCCCUUUUAAAUGCUGUGUCUUGGGUAGAAAGCAGUGCUUGGGAUGGUAGAUUGGCUUUAGUUGUUGCUGGUGAUAAUGCUGUAUAUUCUACUGGAAGUGCUAGACCAACUGGCGGUGCUGGAGCCAUAGCAAUGGUGGUUGGACCAGAUGCACCUCUGAUAAUCGAUCGUGGAAUAAGGUCAUCAUGUAUGAAACAUGCGUAUGACUUUUACAAACCAAACCUAACAUCUGAAUAUCCUGUUGUAGAUGGACAAUUAUCAAUUAAAUGUUAUAUAAGUGCAUUGGAUAAUUGUUAUCAGACUUAUUGUAAAAAGGUAAAAAACAAGCAUAAUGACAGUGUGACUUUAGAUAAUUUUGAUUCAUUCUUGUUUCAUUCUCCAUACUGUAAAUUAGUACAAAAAUCAUUUGCUAGAUUAGCAUUUAUUGACUUUCUGAACACACCUAAAGAAAAGAUAUCUAAGCAAUAUCCAGAGUUAGCAAAGUUUCAUGAUGUUAAGCUUGAAGAGACUUAUUUUGAUAAAGAUAUUGAAAAAGCAUUUAUAAAUUUGAGUAAAACAGACUUUUUCCAAAAGACCCAACCAUCUUUACUUAUAGCAAAUCAAGUAGGAAAUAUGUAUACUCCCUCUGUAUAUUCUGGAUUAGCUUCUUUACUAAUUAGCAAACCUAUGACAGAAUUAGCAGGUGCUAAAGUGGGAAUAUUUUCAUAUGGCUCAGGAUUUUGUUCUACCAUGUAUUCAUUAACAAUAACAGAAAACUCAAAAGAGGGAUCUGAUUUAAUGAAAAUUAUCUCAUCAGUUUCUUAUAUUAAACAAGAACUGGAUGCCCGUCAGAAGAUUUCUCCUGCAGAUUAUACAAAGAUAUUAGAGUGGCGUGAACAGAAUUGUCACACUGUACCAUUUAGUCCACAAAGUAGCAUUAAUGACAUGUUCCCUGGAACUUACUAUCUUGCACAAGUGGAUGAAAAAUAUAGAAGAAUUUACAAAAGGGUAUGAAAUUUGUGAUAGCCCUUAAUUCUUAGCUUAUUAAUUGGUUUGCUUAAUAUGGUAACAAAAUAAAUAAUUGGG